AUGAUGGCCACAAACAUCACCUUCCACGCCAGCGCCCUCACGCGCGCCGAGCGCAGCAACCUCCGCAACCAACGCGGCCUCACAAUCUGGCUAACCGGGCUCUCCGCCUCCGGCAAAUCCACCCUCGCCGUGGAACUCGAGCACCAGCUGCUCCAAGACCGCGGCGUGCACGCCUACCGGCUGGACGGCGACAACGUGCGCUUCGGCCUGAACAAAGACCUCGGCUUCAGCGAGAAGGACCGCAACGAGAACAUCCGCCGGAUCGCCGAGGUCGCGAAGCUGUUCGCCGACAGCGCCUCCAUCGCCAUCACCUCGUUCAUCUCGCCGUACCGGGCGGAUCGCGACACGGCGCGCGCGCUGCACGAGGUGCCGACCCCCGGCGAGGACACGGGGUUGCCCUUCGUGGAGGUGUAUGUGGAUGUCCCCGUGGAGGUGGCCGAGCAGAGGGAUCCGAAGGGGUUGUAUAAGAAGGCGAGGGAGGGGGUGAUUAAGGAUUUCACGGGCGUGAGUGCGCCGUAUGAGGAGCCGUUGAAGCCGGAGGUGCAUAUUAAGAAUGUCGAUUUGCCGGUCAAGGAUGCUGUGGCGCAGAUUAUCAAGUACCUGGAUGAGCAGGGGUAUUUGCCUGCUAAGAAGGAGUAA